UGUUGUGAGAAAUAUAUUUUGUCUGCUUAUAUCUUCAAUGAGUCAGCUGAUUAGUACUGAAAAUCAAAGAAAACAAAUAUAAAAAUGUAAUCUGUUCUGCGACUUCCAUACUAAAAUUCGGGGAUUCCCCAGCUGGUUAAUUUCGAAAUUCUAUCGAAUAAAUUGAAUCUUGUUGGGCAUUGAAGAAUUUUGGGAAAAUUAUGGACGAAAAUAUUGAAUGUAUUGACCAAAAUACGAUAAUAAAUGGUAAUGUCCUACUUUUGCAUCGUCAACCUGUUCGUUGCCAUGGUUUCAAUGCAAACACAAUCAAAGUAAAAGGUGAAGACAUCUCAAAUGGAUCUUGUGGAUAAUAAAAAUACAAUAAUAAUAAAUGCUUCAAGAAAUGAGCUCUACAGAGUACAUGAGAAUUGGAAAAUAUUACAUAGGAAGUUGAAAAUUUAUUGGAAAGUGGUGAUAAAUACCAAAGAUGAGCUAUCGAUGCAACUAUUGGCAAACUGCGAAUUGUUGAUUCUACCUGGGCCCCAGUCGCCUUUCGAAGAAAAUGAGUUGAAUGCUUUGAAUACUUUCAUCAAUAAGGGAGGACGAAUUUUAGUGCUUUUGUCCGAGCCAACCCCGAACGACAAGAGCAAUAUACACAUAUUUUUAGAAGAGUACGGAAUCAUUCCCAAUGUUGAUGUUUUAACAAGGACCCAUUAUUACAAAUACUUCCAUCCUAAGGAAGUAUAUAUUAGUGACAGUGAUUUCAACACCUGUCUGAAAACUGAAAAAGAAAACAUGGCUAUUAUCUAUCCGUUCGGUUGUACAAUAAGUGUGAAUAAACCUGCAGCAAUUGCAUUUACAAGUGGAUCAGCAUCCUUCCCAGCUGAUCAAGCUCUGGGGGCCAUAUAUUUCAACAGGGGAACAAGUGGAAAAAUUGUUGCUUUAGGCAGCGGGUAUUUAUUUUCUGAUAAAUAUAUAGAUCAAGAGAAUAACGAUAAAUUAAGGGAAACUGUCAUCAGUUUUUUGGUCGAUAACAAGGAAGUCACUUUAUCACAUACAGACCACGAUGAAAUAGAUAUCAUGGAAAGAAAUAUUUUACCAAACACAGAGGAAUUAGCCAGUAAACCAAAACUUUGUCUUACGGAUGCUAUAAGUCACACACUUUCAGUUGAUCAUCUGGAACUCUUGGAGCAUAGGAUGUACUCGAUCAAUACGAAUUUGGUAGCUAAUGUUCUCAAUCUUUACGAGGAUUUGAAGGUCAAACAUCAACCCUUGAAAUUGAUAACUCCCCUGUUCGAAGCCCCCUAUCCACCUUUGCAGCCGGCAGUUUUUCCCCCAGCUUUUCGAGACUUACCGCUGCCACCUUUGGAAUUGUUCGAUCUGGAUGAUGCUUUCAGUUCUGUCUUUUCUAAGUUGGCCCAGUUCACCAACAAGUUCUUGAUGGAAUCGGUUGGGGAUGUUCAAGAUGACGGGCUGCGAUUUUAUAUAUCAGAGUGUGCCAAGAUUGUAAAGGUUGACGAGGAGGUUUCGGACCCUAAAGAUAUUCUGCACGAAAUCGGAUCUCAGAUAGCGAAGUUUAAGAGUAUAGAAACGAUAGCUUAACUAUUGUUGUUUGGAUGUUCUUUUUAUAUCUUAUGAAUAAACUGGAGAAAAUC